AUGACUUCUCCCAUCAAAAAGGUCGCCCAGCCCCAGCACGCUGCAUCCUUUGACCCGUGGAACUCGUCCUCAACCGGUCAUCAGCGGGCUGAAUCACGCCCCGGCACUGGCUGGCGUGAGUCCCGCAACCGCAAGCUCAACAGCCAGUUUCGCAGCGGCUCAUCGGGCGGCGAACGUCUCAGCGACACAUAUGGCGCUGGAUUAGAGGACUACGACGAGGAGCGCAACGUGCUUAUCCCGAAAGCAGCAAAGGAAAGAGCGCAGCGGAGCGUAAGGGAUAUGCUUGUCCAGCCGGGCAAAAUGCGGGAGAGUCUGGGCUUGAAGGAUGAGAUCCAGGGACGAGGGGAGGAGGCACUCAUGGAAUCAAGACGACAGGAAGACGAAGCGCGCGAGGCAGCACUUUCGAAGAGAGGCAUAUUUGAUGGAGCCGUCAUCUACAUCAACGGGAGUACGUUUCCUCUCAUAUCAGAUCUCAAGCUGAAGCAGGUCGUUACCGAGCACGGAGGCCAAAUGUCACUACAUCUCGGACGUCGGAGAGUCACGCACGUUAUUAUCGGAAAGCCAGCCGGAGGACAUGUAGGCGCUGGAGGAGGCUUAGCAGGAGGAAAGCUAGAAAAGGAGAUACGGCGAACUGCCGGGUGCGGAGUCAAGUUUGUUGGCGCUGAAUGGAUACUGGAAAGCCUCAAAGCUGGAAAGAGGCUCCCCGAGGCGCGGUUCUCGAAUACAAAGAUGGCACCCAAGGCACAAGGGAGUGUCUAUAGCCUCUUCUCGAAGCAAUCGGGUGGACAGUCGUCCAAGGAGUGA